CAUGGUAACAGGGCGCUCGUUCCCGCUGCCGGCGCCAUGGCGGAGCCGCAGGUCCAGGCCGCACCGGUUUCUUCAUUGCCAGCGGCUACAGAACCUCUGAAACCCCAUCCUAAAAAAGCACCAGAGUUACCAGUCCUAGAGAGGAAGAACUGGUUGAUCUACCUGCUGUAUGUCCGCAGGGACUACGACGAGUGCAAGGCUCUCAUCAAAGAGCAGCUCCAGGAGUCUCAUGGGCUGUGUGAAUAUGCGGUCUAUGUUCAAGCUUUGAUAUUUCGCUUGGAGGGGAAGAUUCAAGAAUCUCUUGAACUUUUCCAGACAUGUUCCAUUCUGAACCCCCGAAGCACAGACAACCUCAAGCAGGUGGCACGAUCGCUGUUUCUUUUGGGGAAGCACAAGGCAGCCAUUGAAGUGUACAAUGAAGCAGCUAAACUUGAUGAAAAGGACUGGGAGAUCAGCCACAACCUGGGUGUCUGCUACAUGUACCUGAAGCACUUCAACAAGGCACGAGACCAGCUAAACAAUGCCCUGGAGCUCAGCAGACAUGAUCUGACUUACAUGAUGCUGGGGAAAAUUCACCUCUUGGAGGGGGAGAUUGAGAAAGCCAUUGAAGUCUAUAAGAAAGCUGUGGAGUUUUCCCCGGAGAACGCAGACCUCCUUACAACACUGGGGCUGCUGUACUUGCAGCUUGGCGAUUACCAGAAGGCUUUUGAACACCUUGGGAAUGCACUUACUUAUGACCCAGGCAACUACAAGGCCACCUUGGCUGCUGGCAGCAUGAUGCAGGCGCAUGGAGAUUUUGACGUUGCCCUCUCCAAGUACCGGGUGAUAGCCAGCGCUGCGCCUGAAAGCCCCCCGCUGUGGAACAACAUCGGGAUGUGCUUCUUUGGGAAGAAGAAAUACAUAGCUGCUAUCAGUUGCCUGAAGAGGGCAAACUACUUGGCUCCCUUUGACUGGAAGAUUUUGUACAAUCUGGGGUUAGUCCACCUCACAAUGCAGCAGUAUGCAUCUGCUUUCCACUUUCUCAGUGCUGCCAUCAACUUCCAGCCCAAGAUGGGAGAGCUCUAUAUGCUCCUUGCAGUUGCUCUGACAAACCUUGAGGACAUCGAGAAUGCAAAGCGCUCCUAUGAGCAAGCUGUGGCAUUGGACAAGUGCAACCCCAUGGUCAACCUGAACUAUGCUGUCCUGCUGUAUAACCAGGGUGACAGGAAGGGAGCCCUCUGUCAGUACCAGGAGAUGGAGAAGAAGGUCAAUGCCUUGAAGGAGAGCAGCACUCUUGACUUCGACCCUGAGAUGGUGGAGGUUGCUCAGAAGAUGGGAGCUGCCCUGCAAGUAGGGGAGAGCCUGGUCUGGACUAAGUCUUCUAAAGAAUCUAAAUCCAAGCAGAAAGCUGCUCCAUCAGGAAAAUCCUCCAGCACUCAGCAGCCGCUGGGCUCUAACCAGGCCUUGGGUCAAGCCAUGUCCUCAGCUGCAGGCUAUGGGAAAACCAUGCAGCUUCCCUCAGGUGCUGGAGCUCCAGCCCCACUUGCAAAGUCUCCCUCACUGCCUCUGGAACCAGAACCAGGUGCAGAAAUGAGCCCUGAGGAAACCCCAGCACCAGCAGCAGCUGAGGAGCAGAGGAAAGAGAAGUGCAAGAGCUCCCAGGCAGUGGAGUAGGAGGGACUCUGGUCAGGACAGGCAGGUGCAGGGGCAUUUCCAGGGAUCUGCCCUUGCCCUGCCCCUCAGGGGCUUCACCUCACUCUAAAUACAGCAGUUCCUGUUGAUUUUAGCACGUGGUCUCUGCCUUGUCCCAGGGGGUAGUUACAGUGAUCAGAAGAGGUUUCUGUGUAGCUACUGUUACUGUGGUCACAGCUUACUACAGGAGGCUGGAGGAUGGAGACCCAUCUAUCCCCAGGGUUGACAGUCUUCAGGGGUUUGGUGUAAGUCCUCCAGAAGGAUGCUGAGGUACACUGUAUGAUUAGAAAAGCCAGCAGUAGUGACUUAGGAUCCUGGACCCCGAAGAGAUCAAACCCUUCCAGUGGCUGAACUUGUAAGCAUGGAGGAAGCCCUACAGAGGCUGUAGUAAGGUCAGUGGUAUUAAUGCUCAGAGAGGGGUGAAGGUAGCACCUCACCAGGGUAAGUGCAGAGCAGGAAGCCAGGCUCAGUACUAGUACAGCCUGGCUUACCCUUAAGCUUAAGCUUCUCUGUGAGAACUAAGCAGGUUGUAAAGCUGGCCUGUGGCAAGGCAAGUGCUCAAGGCUGGCUGUUGGGGAAGCAGCUAGCAGGAAAGUCUGCCAAAUUCCUCCUCGUGCUGAGAAACAGGGUAAAUGAGCCUGAGGAAAGCUCUGCCCAUGGGAUUGGAGUUCUGCUUUGAGAGUUUGUAUUGCCCAGCAUGGGGUGUAAGAUUGGUUUGCAGGGGAAAAAAGGAACAAGCCUUGGCAGCAAAGAUGAUAGGUUAGCCUCAAUGCUGAAAGUAAAUUGGUUUAGUACCACAGCCAUGCUGGGAAUGGUUUAGUUAUACCCUCCUGAGCGUUCGUUUUAGGAGAAACCAUUUACUGCAGCUGCAAGGUGGCAAAGCAGCCCCUUGGUGAGCUGAGCAGGGAAUUUUAAUGCUCACAUGGCACUGGAGAUGCUUUCGAAAUGUUUUUACCCUUGAACAGCCCAAUCUCAGCCUUCCUCUUCUCUGCUGCUGCCAGUUUGUUGCCUCUGGGAUUUAUCCAGAGCUUGAUACAGGUCCUAAACCAACUGCUUUUGAGAACUAAAAGUGGAACCAUGAUACUUUACAUCAAGUAUUGGGUUACGUAGUUUUCUUCAUCCUCCCUGCUGCAUACUGAGGCAUGCAGAAAGCUGCCAUGGCUAUGGGAUUUCUGAAGCUGAAGCUUCAGGGAUCAGUGUUUGCUGGUGAAGCCGCCCAGCUCUUUAAAAUGGAUUUCCUGUUUUUAGCUCUGUGCUGCAGCCUUGUGUCACUCCACAAUUAACAAAUCCAGCAGAGGAGGGUUAGUGAUGGCAGCUCCUCUGUAGCAACAAUGGAAGAGCAGCAUGACCACGGCCCUGAAUACAUUAACAUCCUUCAGUUGUGCUUUGUGGUUAGCUGCUAUUAUCGAAAAUGACAUUAAUGCAUCUUUAGAGUACAACGAGGAACUAAAGUGCUAUCCUGCUCCCUGGAGAACACUAGCAGAGUAGGAACCCUUCACUUUCUCCUCUGUUUUGAUUACCAAAACUGCCUGCUUAUCUUAAAUGUGGCUUUUUUCCCCCAGCUGUCCUGUACCACUGGCUUUUGUGUCAGUGCAGUUUCAGGGCAGCACUCCUGUAAUGCUUCCCUUGUGCUAGGGUUGAAGAAAACAGGAUUUUUUGUGGAGCCCUGGCAGAAUGGAACAAAGCCAAAAUGCAGCAGUGUGAGCAGGUACAGUGCAACCCCUUUAGUCACAUUAACCAUCUUACCUGGCGAGUUACUGCAGCAUGAUGGAGUGCCUGUGGAGAAAGAGGUUAGGAUUGCAGAGCAGAGGGAGGCAGGAUAUGGCAACUCUGAAAUCACCCCCAAAGCUUCAGUUCAAGAUGUUCUUUCCCAAUAGCAACUGAUUACUGUGAUCUUUUAGUCUUAUCACAAAGGCUUUGAAGAAGCUUCAACACAAAGAACAGUGACCAGAGCAGGUUACAGGUGGGGGAGUGCCAGCAUUGUCAGUGCAGGAAGUUUUUAGCUCCAUCUGCUUAUGUCCCUUUGUUUGGCUUUUAGAAGCUGCUUUGCCCUGCCCUCUACUUGUUUGGAGGCUCUGUAAAGGUGUUUAAAAUAAAUGUGUGUUUUAGUGAGAAGCUUCUGCAGACAAUUGACCAGUUUGUCUGUGAAAAGGAGCAGCAGCACCUUGUUGCUUCCUGGAUUUGAAGGGAGCAGAAGUGAGCUCUGUGUCUAAGGAAGCAUUUUUGAAGAUGUAAUUAUGGUUGGAUAAUAAACAGAACUGAGGGUC